AUGAAGCAAUCAAAGACGAUUUUGUAUCUCUUUGUCUCUAUCUUGCUUACUCUCCCUCUCAUUCUCUUCUUCUCUCUUCAACAACAUAAACCUUCCCUUAUCGUCACCGCCCACCAAAAGGAUCUCAUCAAGAUCCGACCCGGCUACACGUCUUACGAUUACUACAUCCAACGACAGCUCAACAAGACGCUUAACCCUAGACUCCGUACGUUAUGGAUGACACGAGAUUGGGACCGUAAGAUCAAAGUAUUCUCAAGAUUCUUCCAAGAUCUCAAGCGUCAAGGCCUCUUAUCCAACGCCUCUAAAUGUCUCUGCGUCGGAGCUCGAGUCGGACAAGAAGUGGAGGCGCUGAAACGUGUGGGCGUAAGCGACUCGGUCGGGAUGGAUCUGGUGCCGUAUCCACCGUUGGUGGUCAAAGGAGACUUUCAUCACCAGCCGUUCGAUGAUGAGACUUUUGAUUUCGAAUUCUCCAACGUGUUCGAUCAUGCGCUUUACCCGGACAAGUUCGUUGGAGAGAUCGAACGGACACUGAGACCAGGAGGUUUAUGUGUGUUACACGUGGCGCUUUCUACACGAUCGGAUAAGUAUUCGGCAAAUGAUCUGUAUAGUGUGGAGGCGUUGGUGAGGCUAUUCCGACGAUCGGAGGUGGUUCAUGUACGAAAUGUCGACGGCUUCGGGUUGGAUACGGAGGUCGUUUUUAGGAAGAAAAGGGAUUCAUCAAUCGUUGUCCGGUCUUGA